AUGGACUUUGCAUUGGUGGCCGCGACUUUACGUGCUACCAGUCCGCCAGUAAUGUACGUUGGCGCCCACGAAACUGCCAAUCAGGAUGUAAACACUGUAACUUCAACCGAUAUAGACCGCUAUGCAACGGGGUCUGAUGCACGUCUAGCCCUUAUCAACCUGUGGAGGAAAUGGGCUCUGGUAGGCUCUGGUUACUUCUUGCUUCCGACCAAUACCCGACCCCCACACCAUUCGCAAGCAGGAAUAACAGAGCUUGGAACACCCCGAGUGGCUCUGGCAACAAAGCUUGUUCAGCGUUCCCCGAUGGACUUCCGGGGAAAGCCCUUCUCCGAGUCGCCCGCAGUUCAGAAGUUCACCCCUUAA